AUGAUGAUGAAACAAGUUGUUUACUUCUCAUUCUUGUUUCUGUGUUUUGUUUACUACUGCAAAGGAGCCACAUUAGCUCACUCACCGGCCCAAGCUCCGACUAAAAAUGUAGCUAUAGCCCCAACUAAGGCUAAGACCAUCACCCCAACCAAAGCACCAACAUCAUUGCCAGUGCCAGCAGUGGAGCCACCAUCACAAGUGCCACUCGUCCAAGCGCCACCCCACAAAGCCCUUUACACACCAACAGACGUCACCAAAAUCCUCGAAAAAGCCGGUAUCUUCAGUGUCUUCAUCCGCCUCCUUAAGAGUACUUCUGUAAGCAUUCAGAUUGAGAAUCAACUGAAUGUAUCCAACACAUUGACCAUUUUCGCCCCAACAAAUGGGGCCUUUGGUGCUCUGAAACCUGGCACUCUCAACACACUCUCUAACGAAGACAAAGUCCAGCUUGUCCAAUACCACAUUCUUCCUUCCUUAGUUUCACUCCAGAACUUUGAGACUCUCAGCAAUCCUGUACGGACACAAGCUAGCAAUACCAAUGACUUCCCUCUAAAUGUUACUGUAGAAGGGAAAUCAGUUAACAUAUCCACUGGAGUUGUUAACGCUACUAUUUCUGGUACUGUUUAUGAGGAUAAUCAGCUUGUUAUUUAUAAGGUCGAUAAGGUGUUGUUGCCUUUGGGAAUCUUUGGUCUGAAACCGAAGACAAAGCAGCACUUGGCGCCUUCUCCCACACCAUUGAAGCCUUCUAAAGAUACUAAUUCGUCUUCGUCUUCGUCUUCCUCCUCUUCUGAAGAAUCUAUUAGCCCGGAUAUGGCGGAAGGGGACAAGUCCUCAAAGUCGAAGGCUAUUGUUCUUAUGAAUAAUGGUGUUGUAAAUAUUGGAGUUGUUAUGAUUGUUGUAAUCGCUAUGUGGGGUUAUUUUUAGUUUAAUUAUGUGAAUAAUUUGUUGAAUUAUGGUACUUUCUGUUUUCAUGUUUCAGCCAUGCUUUAAAGACUUGAUUUAUUUUGUUUGUUGAGAAAUGAA